CCUGUUUUAAAAAUAAAAGGAAAUACACGUUGGAAAAACUAUGGCCACCGGAGGAAUUGACGAUACACUUCUAGAAUGUGGUAGUGACGCCGUCGGUGGAAAGAUUGGGAGCAAGUGUGGACCUUGUCGUCGGCGGGACAGGUCAGAGGUGGCUUCAAUGUUUUGUAAUACAUGUAAGGUAUUUCUAUGCGAUGACUGCUGUGAAGUACACAUGAUACACAUGACAAACGUUUAUGAACAUAACAUCGUUGCUGCCAAUGAAGCUUGCUUCAAGGCAAAGGUCGAUAUGAAGGGACUGGAUCAGUGUUUAGAACACACACGAGUAUUUAUGUUCUACUGUGAAGGUCAUAAUGAUUUAUGCUGUGAGAUAUGUGCAAUUGCUCACCAUCGAAAAUGCGACGAUGUCCACGAAAUAGAAAAGGUAGCUAAGAAUGUAAUAGAUGAUGAAAGGGACAACAUACGUGCAUCCAUUGCAACUGCCACAGAAGUUAUAAUGAAAUGCAAGGAGGAUCAAUUGAACAACGUUUCGCGAGUGGAAGAAAUCGUAAAAGAAAUUGAUUUUUACAAGGAAGACUUAUUAACGAAAAUCGAGGAAGCCAAGGCGCGAAUUGUCAGCGAAAUGGCUAACCAUAACACACAGGAAGACGAACGUCUAAAUACGAGGAGAUAUGCGGCUGAAAACCUGAAGAGAGAACUUGACACGCACUUGGCAUUGUUGGAUAGCGUUCGCGAGAAUGGAACGGAAACGGAAAUAUUCAUUCUAAGCCACAUUCUCAAGAGGACGCAAGACAAGGCAUCACAAACACUGAACGCUUUGCUAAAGAAUGAUGACACCGUCAAAGUGGGGCUAAAAAUCAACGAACACAUUUUAAAAAUAAAAACUACUGAUGUCGCAUUAUUCUCAUUAAAUAUAACACUAGAAUCAAAAACACAAGAGUCAACAACACAAGAACCAAAAACACAAUCAGCCGUGCGUUUGGAGCUGUUGAAGACCAAGGGCCUCGUGAAGACAGGGGACGACAAGAUGCAGCCGUUUGCUACUGGGCUUGACUUCCUGCCGGACGGGAGGAUCGUCGCCGUUGAUGUCUUUAACUGUAAAUGCUUUAUCUUGAGUGACACAUUGAAGAGGUUCGACAAAUUUUAUAAAUUUCCGACAUAUCCUAGGGACGUAACUUUUUACUCUGAUAACAAUAUUGCAGUAACCGUCAGUGAAGGAGACAUCCGAACCAUCUGCCUGCUGACAGUGGGCAGUGACAACACGAUCACGCUGAUGAAGACGCUGACUUUGUCCACCUACUGCUGCUCUAUCUGUCCCCUGAACGAUCGCACGUUCGUAGUGAGCACUUAUGACGCUCCGCGGCCUGCCAGGAUGAUAGACGUGGACGGCAAGGAGAGCGACUUUGACAACAUGAAGUUUCCUGGAAAGACGUAUAAGCUUGGUGCAAGUAACUGUACCUACAUACAAUCCCGGGAUAGUAUUGUUCUGACUGACAGGUUUGCUCACACAGUUUACAUGUAUAACACCGUAUCCGACAAGAAUAGCAAGGUGAAAGGUGGCCAAAUACGAGAACCGAAAGGCACCUGUGUUGGCCCUGAUGACUCUGUGUUUGUCUGCAGUAAGAACACAAACUCCGUCAUCCAGAUAUCGCCCGACGGGGACAUAUUGGCGUCCUGUGACGUCGACAUGAAGCAUCCGUACGCCGUUGCCGUCUCCAGGGAUGGCUCGAGAAUGGUGGUGACCAACGGUGCGAAAGGCGUGAAAACACUAAAACUGUUUAAAAUAAUACAAUAAGAGUGUAUUUGUCAAGCUCAGAAACAAAUAAAGGUGCUUUGUAUAACUAAUUAUGAAAGUAAAUAUAUUCUCUGUUUGAACAAUGUUUCUGAAUAGUUUGUGUAUAAGAUUCUUGUAGUGAAACAAUGUGUUUUUGAAACAACAACUAUGAUUUGUCUUGUAGUGGUAUGUUUAUAAAAUAAUUUGUUUCUAAAUAUAAUUGAUUGAAAAAGAAGAAACACCUCUAGGACAGAAAAUCAUACUAAGAUACAAACACAAUUCCUAAGAUUCUUUAUGAAACUCCUUCUAGAGUAUUGUAUUUACUAAAGAGUAAGAGAAACUUACAAACAAACAAAAAAACAUGUCCCCAAUAGAAAUUAGUAUUAUUUAACUGUGAUGUAUUUUUGUAUUGUAUGUUUAAGUAUACUAUGAGUCUGAAAGUGCGGGUCGUUCAUGAUGCUGAUGCUACUAAAAUUAUGUAAAACUCGCGCUUCGCGUUCGUGUAUUAUUUCAAUCACCAUGGUAGUAGGUGCAUUGCUUAUAGCUGAAUUGCAUGUUAUUAUGAUAAUAAUAAUAACGUCAUGCCGAUGAACAUCUUUUAUAUCAUUUAUUUAACAAAAUUGCACAGGGCAAUAUUUUAAGCCUGUAUAUUAGGAAUGCAAACGAAUGGCAAAAUUGAUAUUCGAAAAUGUGGUAAUUCCUUUGAUCGAAUAUUCGAAUAUUCUAAUAGUUUAAAACUUUAUGUAUAUUUAGUAUAUAUACAUAAAGUUUUGAACUAUUAGAACCUAACCUCACAGAACAGUUAUUACAAACGAGAACAUUUUCAACAAUGAAUCGUUGUGACAAUAUAAUGCAAAAGCAGUUAAUCGAACAACAAUUCAAUAACGUGUCCUUUCCAAUCAUAUUCAAUGCAUUAUGCUACUGUUGCUGCUGAUGAUGAUGAUGUCGGUGGUUGUCGUGACAAUCUCGAUAAUUGUUUUAUUUAUAAACAUGUUUGCCCCUGAAUUUACUGCUGAUAAGCUCCUGAUUUCACUCCUGAAUUCGACUCCUGUAAUGUUCCCCGCCAGUCAUUUUGUCCAUGCUUCACAACUUUAUUAUUCCUUGUUCUUGUAAAUAAAGGAUGUUUGUUUGAAUAAUGGUCACUCUUUGUUUACUCAAUUGCUCGUGUCAUGCAUAUGGAUGUAUUUUGUUGCUUUGAUUAAUUUUGAAGUUAAUGAAAUAAAAGAUAUGUAAAUAAUAUAAGAAUUGUUUCAUUGCGUUGCGAUUAAACAUAAGUUGCUUCUUAAUGAGGUGUUAUUAAAUAAAGUCUAAUUCGAUGUAAUUGAUAAUAAAAACAAAUAUAUAAUCGUUACGUCGAAAUGUUACAGCUAGAGUGCAAAUGUCGAAAUGUCAUAACAUGUUUAAAUAUGGAAAUGUCAUAAUAAAUGUUUCAAUAUCGAAAUGUCAUAGCAAAGGAUUCAAUAUUGAAAUGUCAUAACAAAUGUUUCAAUAUGGAAAUGUCAUAACAAAGGAUUGAAUAUGGUAAAAUCAUAACAAAGGAUUCAAUAUGGAAAUGUCAUAUCUAGAGUGCAAAUGUCGAAAUGUCAUAGCAAAGGUUUCAAUAUGGAAAUGUCAUAACAAAGGUUUCAAUAUGGAAAUGUCAUAGCAAAGGAUUCAAUAUGGAAAUGUCAUAGCAAAGGUUUCAAUAUGGAAAUGUCAUAACAAAUGUUUCAAUAUGGAAAUGUCAUAGCAAAGGUUUCAAUAUGGGAAUGUUAUAGCAAAGGUUUCAAUAUGGAAAUGUCAUAUCUAGAGUGCAAAUGUCGAAAUGUCAUAGCAAAGGUUUCAAUAUGGAAAUGUCAUAUUAAAUGUUUCAAUAUGGAAAUGUCAUUGCAAAGGUUUUAUUAUGACAAUGUCAUAGCAAAGAAUUCAAUAUGGAAAUAUCAAAGCAAAGGAUUAAAUAUGAAAAUGUCAUACCAAAGGUUUCAAUAUGAAAUUGUCAUAGCUAGAGUGCAAAUGUCGAAUUGCAUAGCAAAGGUCUCAAUAUGGAAAUGUCAUAGCAAAUGAUUCAAAAUGGAAAUGUCUUUGCAAAGGAUUCAAUACGGAAAUGUCAUAGCAAAGGUUCCAAUAUGAAAAUGUCAUAACAAAGUUUUCAAUAUCGAAAUGUCGUAACAAAGGAUUCAACAUGGAAAUGUCAUAACAAAGGUUUUAAUAUCAAAAUGUCAUAUCAAAUGUUUCAAUAUCAAAAUGUCAUAGCAAAGAUUUCAAUACCGAAAUGUCAUAACAAAGGAUUCAAUAUGGAAAUGUCAUAACAAAGGUUUCAAUAUGGAAAUGUCAUAGCAAAGGAUUUAUUACGGAAAUGUCAUAAAAAAGAAUUUAGUAUUAAAAGGUCAUAACAAUGGAUUCAAUAGCGAAAUGUCAUAGCAAAUGUUUCAAUAUGGAAAUGUCAUAGCAAAGGAUUCAAUAUGGAAAUGUCAUAGCAAAGGAUUCAAUAUGGAAAUGUCAUAGCAAAGGAUUCAAUAUGGAAAUGUCAUAGCAAAGGAUUCAAUAUGGAAAUGUCAUAGCAAACGAUACA